AAGAAGAAGGAGGAGGAGAAGGAGAAGAAGACCGAGGAGGAAGGACAUCAUGGCUAGUGAAUUAAAGAAGAAAGCAUUCUGGCGAGCCGUGGUGGCCGAAUUUUUUGCCAUGAGCCUCUUCAUUUUCAUCAGCAUCGGCUCAGCGCUGGGCUUCCAAUUCCCCGUGAUGGCCAAUAAGACCAUCACGCCCAUUCAGGACAACGUGAAGGUCUCGCUGGCUUUUGGGAUCUCCAUCGCCACCAUGGCGCAGAGCGUGGGCCACAUUAGCGGGGCCCACUUGAACCCGGCCGUGACCUUGGGCCUUCUGCUGAGCUGCCAGAUCAGCAUCCUGCGGGCGGUCAUGUACAUGGUGGCGCAGUGCCUGGGAGCCGUGGUGGCCACGGCCAUUCUGUCCGGCAUCACUUCCCGCCUGGAGAACAACUUGCUGGGACUCAAUCAGUUGGCACCCGGGAUCAAUCCUGGACAAGGCCUGGGCAUCGAAAUCAUUGCCACUUUGCAGCUCGUGCUGUGUGUGCUGGCCACAACGGACAAGAGGAGAACGGACGUCUCGGGAUCUGCACCGUUGGCCAUCGGUCUUUCGGUGGCCUUGGGUCAUCUGCUGGCGAUCGAUUACACAGGCUGCGGCAUCAACCCGGCACGGUCCUUUGGAUCCGCUCUGGUCACCACUAACUUUGCUGACCACUGGGUCUUCUGGGUUGGCCCCAUGUUGGGAGGGGCCAGCGCGGCUCUUAUCUAUGAUUUCAUCCUGGCACCCCGAAGCAGCGACAUAACAGACCGCAUGAAGGUUUGGACCACCGGGAACGUGGAAGAAUAUGACCUCGAUGCUGACGACUCGCGAGUAGAGAUGAAACCAAAAUAAGGGAGGAUCAAGUUUGGCAAGAAAAGGCAUCCAUUUCUGAAAAUGUUCUCUUUUUUAUGUGUGUAUAUGUUUUAUCAGUAUUAUAGACUCUUUCUAAAACCACCUGCAGUUCUUCCAAAUGUUUUUAUAAGUCAUUAUGGUUUUUCUUCUCUGUUUUUAUUUUUUCCUCCCAUUCUUUCUGGACUUUACAUCUGUGAUAGACAAAAUAAAAUUGGGGAUGGGUGAAGAGAAGGGGAUGAUUCUGAAGACCCAUAUUUCUGUUCUGGAGCCAAAGGGACUGGGGCCUUCAAAAAUAGAUUAUUUAUAUAUAAUCACAGCACAGAGGGAUGGGAAGAGUCUGCAUACAGGAGGGAAUUAAUAUGGAAGAAAUGUUGCCCAGAGAGAGAAAU